AUGGCUUCUUCCCACCACAGCCGCAAGCCGUCGAGUCGGGCUGCUCUUCCUCGACGCACAACCAAAGGACCAUUAGAUGCGCCUGGCGACCUUGUCUCCAGCAUCGAAACAAGUCCGACACCGCCCCUUCCUCAGUCAGCCAUACAAAGCCCAGGCGAUGAUGCUCCAAGACCACCAGCUGAGAAUAGGACUGAACGAUCCUCGACGAACCAGGCGUCUCGGACGUCAAGCUCCACGGAAACGUCCGCAAGCGAAGAACGAGAUAUGUCUUUUCUGCUCGACGCAUCCAUCUACCAUUCACUGUCGCAACUCGAGGUCCCUGGGCCGUUCCGGAAACCCUUCCUCCCAGGUCCGACGACCGACACCGUUGAACAAUCGCUGGAGCAGCUAGAUUCUCUGCUCUCCCAAUGCGACUAUCUACGUGCCGCGCAACUAGCAGGCUCAAUCCUCACCUCAGGGACCCUACGACCCACAGAUGCCAAAACAGUCUUCAGGUUACUAGCUGUCCGCUAUUCUUGCCUAGAGCUCUCUGGCAAUCUGCUCCUAGCGGCGCAAGAAGCCAAGGCACUCGAAGAUCUGAGCUCGACAUUCUACUACGACGACCCAAAGCCUUGGGAACCUGCCAAUGAGGAUACGGAUAUGCCACGGAAGGUACCCCAUCAUAUGAUGCCGUUCUCACUUAGAGUCCAGGCCUUGCGACUACAGAGCAUUGGUUUUUCAGACCCUCGCCGAGGUGUGACGACGCUAUAUGAUCUCGCCUUCGAAUGUAGAGAACAUCUAUCUGCGCCUGGACUCUCUGCAGAAGACCACUCAAUCUGGAACGAGAGGCUGCAGGAAAUCUCAAUCCGGAUCGUCAAUGCUUUGGUUGAGAUGGGUGAGCUAGAAUGUGCAGCUCGCACUUUGGCGACCAUGAAGCCUUCAGACGAUAAGGAUAUAGCUCUUUGGACAUCACGAAUGUUCUUGCUCAGGAUCAAAAUGGGCGAUGUUGGGCGAGCACAUGCCCUGGCUGAAUCCAGCACCUUGGCGGCUCCCGACAAGCUCGCCCUGAAAUCCUUAGUUGCCGUUGCCGAAGGGCGAUACGAGGAGGCCUCUCGUACACUGUCAGAGUGUGAAGAACGAACAGAUCCUGGCUUGAGAGCUCUCGUCAAACAGAAUCUUGCGGUUGCCCUUCUUUACAACGGCGAGGUGUCGAAAUCAAGAAAGAUAUUGGAAGAGCUGAUUAAUGAGGGCUACUCUUUCCAGACCUUGACCAUCAACCUUGCCACGAUAUACGAUCUCAGUGCAGAAACGUCCCGCGAUCUAAAAACGUCCAUGGUUUCCAAGAUCGCCAGCGACCCGAACACGACCGGUCAACUCCGCUCGUUUCUGAAUGCUGAUUUCAAGUUGUAG